CGGAAUGUAAAGCUUUCGGGUUCAGCGAUUAGAGCCGGUGUUAACCUAUUGAAGCCCCCCAAUAAGCGUGGACGACCCGAGGAAAUGACGUGGAAAACCUCCCGCUUUAGCUAUAAAUUCACCCUCUCUCAACGCGCUCCCACUGCUCCCCAACCUCCUACAUCCUCCAAAAAUCCCACCACCACAUCAGAACCUCAAUUGUGCACUGCUAAACACACCCACGCCAUGGGUCGGCCCUCGCAGAACAUAAUCAACGUGCCCCGACCUCCUAAAGAACAGCGCCACUUCCUCCGCCCGCGCGGUCCCCAAGUCAGACCGUCAGGACCUCCCAAUGUCUUGCUAGCAUUGGCAACUCCACCCUCCUCCGCCUCUCAACUGCGCUCAACCUCAAUUCCUCAAUCCACCCUAGUCGCUGGGGUGAAACGCCGCGCAGAAGAUGAUCCAGAUGAGGAUGCAGAAGACGACGCAGAAGACGAUGUAGAAGACGAUGCAGAAGACUAUGCCGACACCAAUAUAGAAGAGAGUUUCUUCACCACGUUAAAGACCUCCAAGCGUGCUAAAUUCGAAGCGCCCAAAGGCCCCUAUGGCGCCCCGACCAACCUCACCACCGCUUUUCACGUCUCCAACUCGACUGCAUCCUCCUCUUCACUCUCAUCUCUAUCGUCGACUCCAUCCUCAUCGCGAUCCUCGACUCUGGCCACGGCAUCCGCACAGCCUCAAUCCCAGACUUCUCCAACUACUAUCACCCACGACCCCGACCUUGAACUCAGUGACCUUCUCCGCGCGCGCCACCAGAAGAACACCCGCUACCGCGUCCACCAGAUCGUCAUCCGCCGCCAGCUCUUCCUGCCAGACUGGUACGACAGGGGGCGCAUGGAGGAGGAGCUCGAAAAGUCCAGAAUCCGCGAGACGCGCUGGCUGGAGGAGAAGAAGGCGCUCGAUCGCCAGGUCCAUGCAUCUAGGACGUGGGACAGCAAUCCGGAGGAGAAGCGUCGCGUGGAGGAUUUGAAGCUGCAGAUUCUGGUUCUAGUGCGGCGGGUGUUCAUCGAGCGGGCCUUCCGGUACGAUGUCGAGAUCGAGAUGCACCGUCUCAAGAAGCGGGGACCAGACAUGGUGGUGGUGAACGGAAAGCGUAGGCCGAUUGGCACGCUGACGGGAGACGAGUGGCGCGAAAUCUUCAACUACCGCGUCGACAAUUCCUGGAACUACGGAGCGAGCGUCGGCUUGUUGCGCAAUGAGCUUGAUGACACGGAGCUCAUCAAUAUGGCCCUAGAGCGGGGCGAGUGGGAGAUCAAAGAGCGGCUGGCGUACUACGAGAGCCAGGGCUUGCGGCUGCAGUUUGAGGCGGAACCGUUCCUGGCGUUCGCGCCGCAGGAGGGUCAUAAUCUGCGCACUCAUGAGCCGGGGCUCCAUCUGCUGUCGAAUGCGACGUACCGACCAUAUGGCAAGUCACUGGAGGAGAAGGACAAGCGAAACGUGCCGAUCUUGCAAGCGCAUAUCCAGAUGCUGUAUCACCGAAAGUGCGGCCUCGGGACUGACAUGCAAUUCCGGCAGAUGCAGGCCCUGAACGCACUAUUUUCAGGGCUGCGAACGAUGACGCGAGAAAAGGUGGAAGCCCUCAAAGGUGCUCGUCCGCGGAGGGAGGUCUUGAAGCGGUAUAUCAAGAUGGCCGGAGAGGAUGAGGCAGACAUCACGAAUACCAGGGACCAGCUCGUGGAGGAUCGACGGGAAGAUCCGGACGUAGAUGCUCUCGAAGAAAGACAACUCAUCCGUGCCUCUGCAAACCACGCAUUGGCCCAUGUGAAGUUGUUGCAACUGGACUUGGAGCUGAUUCUCCUCGGCAAGAAGAAGGGUAUCGACAGCGCUCAACAUGAGCUCACUCCCAAAGAAGCGGCAGAACUAGUCUCUGCCAGACUCAACCUGUCAAACUCGGAGAAGCAGCCCAUGGACCGGCUCAAGUACGAGCGCAACCAAGAAGGUAUCAACCAGAGCUCUCUAGCUGCCGAAAUGAAAACCGUUGGCGGGGGAGCUCGGAGGCGUUGA